UGCAUAAUAUGUAACAAACUGUUUUUACAAUUCCUGAUUUAGUAACAUGUAUCAUGUUGGGCCUCCAUUGAAGCCCUUAUAUAAGUCAAUCAACAAUGUGCGUAGUGUAGUAACCCAUAGCAACCAGUUAGAAAUCAUCUGUCACUAGUCCAACUUCUCUUAACUCCGAAAGAUGGAUUGUGGUUCAUUGUCAGCUGCAUGUCCUGACACGUUGCACUUAUAGAGCAAGCCUGAUAGUAUAGUUCUUUGACAUUGUUUUCGUCUAAUAAUGUGUAAAUAGUAAUGAUUGUAGACAGUGUGAGAUCUUCAGACAGUAGUAAAGAAGCCAAUUUCUAAGAAUAGGUUUGUGUGCACCUAACAGGCAAGGUGUGCGUGAAGGAUGAUGGUCUUCCUAUUAGCCUGCUUUUACAACUGUCUGUAUAGUAUGUACGUGAAGCUGAGUGAGUAAGCAUAGUGAAAGAGCUGUGUGUGUAGUGUAGUGUAAAGAUCCCUCCUCCCAGUGGGUGAGUACAGUGAGUCAGGCGUAGCUGGGAGGAGGAUGCGGUGUGUGUGAAAGGAGACAGGGCCUCGGGGAAAGCUCAGCUAGGGGAAAUGCUGCCUAGCUUUGCAAGGACAGACGGGUGAUAGAAUGAGCAGAUUUGGCGAAACGAGCGUGUGGAUGAAGUUGUCAAGCCCCAUUUUGACUCCCCAAGGGCUUCCGUCAGCCGUGGACUUGUCUCCUUAAACGUAACCUACUUAACAAGUAAAAAAAGGUCAAGAAAGUAGAACUUUAUUGGAAUAUUCAGAGAAUAAAUUGUGGAACCUAAAGAAUGCUGGUGAUCAGAAUACAUAAGAUGUGUGCUAAAAAUGUUGGUAAACAAGCCUCAUAAACUACACAUAUAUAGUGAUGCCAAGAAUACUGAGACUGUUGCUGGCUGCUAAAUAGUCAUUGACUAUUUCAUGAGGUUCUUAUUUAAGUUUUAUGAAGAAGCUGGAACUUCCUCUGAGAUUGAUGCAUACAGACACAGAUUCACCAGUAGGUAUUUAUUUAUGUGAAUAAAGGGAGCGCUGGAAACUGCUGCAAGAGGAUUAACCAUUUCUUCUACUGGCUCUUGGGUGGACCUCUUAUGAAACAGAAGACAGACCAGCCUCAGUGAAUGCUAUUCCAUAUCACCUGUUAGAAGAUUGUGCUCCCAGGGAGAUGAUUCCUCAUGAAGUUGUUGGUGUUCCUUCUGGAAUUAAAUGUGAUUUUCCAUUCACCAGACUGAAAUCAGUAUCAGUGAGCAAGUAGUGGGGGUCGGCGGGGGUGGCAGAAAGCAAAACAUGAAAUCUAAUCAAGAAAGGAGCAAUGAAAGCCUGCCACCGAAGAAACGUGAAAUUCCCGCCACCAGUCGACCUUCUGAAGAAAAAACAGUCGGAUUGACAAAUGAAAACCACCGUACAGAUAGUUUAUCAUGGCUUUCCACCACAGCCAGCAGCCAUGGUGGACGUCAUCAUGGGCCUGUAGGAACUUCAGUAGAAGCUGGUUUACAACAGGGGGUAGGUUUACAUAAAACAAUUUCAACUGGUAUAGACUAUUCCCCCCCUAGUGCUCCAAGGUCGGUACCAGCAGCAACAACAGUUUCUGCCCUUUAUCAAACUGUGCAGUCUCAGUCAGGGGCAUCAGUGUCUCCUAUACAAUAUCCUAAUGUGCCCCAAACGUUCCAGUUUAUUGGAACGCCGUCUAGUGGACAAUUGUAUGGAGACUUCAUCAGUCCACAGCUAGUUUCACCUACAUCGAAUUCUGCAUCAAUUGCUGUAUCCUCAACAGCAUCAGUAGUCUCCACUCCAUCACAACGUUCCCAGAUGGAGGCGUAUUCCACUAUGUUGGCCAAUGUAAGCAGCUUAAGCCAGCAGGGCCAUAAAGGUGAACCGCAUCUACUUCGGACUCCAGGAUUGAUUUCAGCAGGAUCUCCACCUAUACAGUCGAGUCACUAUGUGCAUAAUUUAAGCUCAUCACAGAGUGGAGUCAGAAAUAUGUCACCACCAACUAUCCCAGUCCAUUUACAUACCCACCCAGUGAUUCCUCAUACACUUACCCUGGGUACUUCCCCCCAGGUGGUUGUGCGGUACUCAGAUUCAGGAGCUCAUUUUAUUGCUAGGGACCCUUCAAAGAAAGAAGAUAGUUUCAGGUCACAAGCCAAGGAAUUAUUAAAUGGGGAGAUAGAGAAAGUUAGGAGAUUUUUAGUCCCUUCCUCAACAGAUGCACAUCUAAUGAAAGCAGGCAAUAAUAAACCAGCUUCCCAACAUUAUGAGACAAGGCAUGUAGUGAUGCACCCAAGUACUGAGUUUGGUGCUCGGGAUCCCUCAGGUGUUCGGACCUCUGUCAUGGUGGUGCCCAACAGCAACCCUGCUGCCACAGACUAUGAUAUUCAACAAACCAUUAAGAGAGAAACCUCACCCUCAAUUGCUCAUAACAAGGGAAGCUUACACUUAGGAAAACCAUCCCACCGGUCCUAUGCUUUAUCCCCACAACAGACUUUAUGCGCGGAAAGCGUGAAAACCAUGGCCACUUUAUCUCCUCACACUGUCAUCCAGACAACUCAUAGUGCAGCAGAGCAACUUUCUGUUGGGCUGCCUGCUGCAGCCUUUUGUGCGGGUACACAACAGCCAGUUAUUGGCUAUCUCAGCAGUCAGCAGCAAACCAUUGGUUACCCUGGAAAUUUGCCACAGCACUUGGUUAUUCCAGGCACACAGCCCUUGCUAAUACCAGUUGGCAAUCCAGACAUUGAACCAUCUGGGGUAGGGGUAGCACCUGCUAUUGUCACUUCAUCAACCCAAUUUGCAGCAGUGCCUCAUACAUUUGUCACUACGCCCAUUCCUAAGAGUGAUAACUACAGUGCUGAAUUAUUGGCAACGCAAGCGGCCUACCAGACCACAUUGGUUCCAGCUCAAAUACACCUUCCACUAGUACAGUCCGUUGCUUCUCCAAUGGCAGCUGCUCCCACACUGCCCCCUUAUUUCACAAAAGGGUCAAUCAUUCAGCUGGCCAAUGGGGAGCUAAAGAAGGUAGAAGAUUUAAAAACGGAAGACUUCAUACAGAGCGCCGAUAUUAGCAACGACUUGAAAAUAGACUCCAGCACAGUUGAAAGGAUUGAGAACAGCCAUAGUCCAGGCAUUGCUGUGGUUCAGUUUGCUGUUGGAGAACAUCGAGCACAGGUCAGUGUGGAAGUCUUGAUAGAAUAUCCAUUUUUUGUGUUUGGUCAAGGCUGGUCAUCAUGCAGUCCUGAGAGAACAAGCCAGCUCUUUGAUUUGCCAUGUUCCAAGUUGUCGGUAGGAGAUGUCUGCAUAUCGCUUACACUCAAAAAUUUAAAAAACGGCUCUAUAAAGAAGGGGCAACCCAUGGAUCCAGCUGGCAUCUUGCUGAAGCACCCAAAGAAUGACAGUCUGUCUGGAAAUAGACAUAGGUAUGCAGAACACGAGAAUGGGAUUAAUCAGGGAAGUGUACAGGUUUCAUCUGAGAAUGGAGAACUAAGGUGUCCUGCUGGAUUGAAUGCCGUGUCCUUUGAAGCCAAAACAGAACCUGGUAAGCCCACGACAACAAGGAAGAGGAGGUGGUCUGCCCCAGAAUCACGAAAAUUAGAGAAAUCUGAAGAUGAACCACCAUUGACUCUUCCCAAGCCCUCUUUUAUUCCUCAGGAGGUUAAGAUUUCCAUUGAGGGUCGAUCUAAUGUAGGGAAGUGAAACCUGUUCAGAAAGGAGAAAUUAGGCUUACCCUUGUCAUUUUAUUCAGAUUACUGUACUGUAGAAUAAAUAACCCAGUAUUUACAUGUUAUCAUCUUAUUUUAGGUUUAUAACAUUGUUAUAGUUGUGGCUGGUAUCCUUCAGAAGGCUGUUGGUGCAUAUGUUCUUUUCACAAGUGUUCACUAGUAUGCUAGCUAGGAUGUGGGGGAGCUACUUAUGAGGCAGUCAAAUCUUUCCGCAGUCUUGAUAGAGAGGGUUGUAUAAGUGUGGCUUCUGUGAUUUAGUUUCAGGGUGCCAAUUUCAAAUUUCAACCACAUUCUAUUUUGAAAUCUUUCAGAGAGGAUUACAAGGGAAAUGAAGAAAGAAAUAAGUGCACAUGUGGAGUCUGUGCUUGCAUGCAUGCUGAUAUUUGAGCUUUUCCCAUGGAGGGUAUAGCUUUAUGACUGUGUUUAUGUUGUGGGUCACUGGCACAAAAAGAUAAGGAGAGUGAAGGGUCAUUGUCAUGGUGACAAUGCUAAAAUACCAAUUUACAUAUUUUGGUGUAAUUGUCCAGUGUUCCCAUUUUCUUCAACUGGUCUCAUCAUAGGGUAUUGACUUGUGCUUGUGUGUCAUACUGGUGUGGUUAGCUGUAAGCUUUUGAUGGCAACGUAUGCUUUUAAAGUAGAUAUAUGAUUCCACACCACCUUGGCCAAUGGCACUAGUUCUAUAAGUACCUUAAAUUCAUCCUAUGAAAGCCUAGCUGUACAAGUCAACUUUAGAGGGACAGACAUCCCUCCAUGCUCUAAAAAGUCUUUCAUGUGCUGUGAAGAAAAAAAUAUUUCUGUAUGUCCUUUUAAUUAUUUGUGUCAUUAAUAUUUUUUUAACUUCCAAUUGUGUAACUGCUGGAAUGACAUCUCUAGUCUGGCUGUCAAACAAGCACAGUUUGACAGGACCCAGAGGCAAAUACUAAUAGAAAACUCUCUAGCGGAUUCCUGUUUGGACAUAUAUUCAUAAUAGUAAAACUUGCAAAUGUUUUGGAAAGAUGGCUUGUGCUUCCCAGGGUCAAAGCACACUGCCGAUUACAAGCACUAACAUCAUUUGCUGACAUCCUGGGCACAACCAUUUUAUGUUUAAUUUUUGUUCUCUGGUGUCAGUUGGUGCCACUUUUUUUUUAUUUUCAAAGUUUAGUGUGACAUGUUAAGGAUCAAGAACUGGAGGAGUAAUAAGAUUUUUUUUUUCUUUUCGCACUUAAAAUGCUGUUCACACUUUAUUGACAAGCAUCUUGGUCUAAUGUUUGCUAAGUACUGUAUUUCAUUUUUAAUCUGUGUAUUUCAAAAAAAUAUUUUUCUUCUUUUUUUUUUUUUCCAACACUGAAACCAUGUAGAGCUUCUUAGAGCAAGAUGUUGAAAGUUUUAAUGUGGUUUCAAAGGGAUGAAUGUAAAACUUGACCUAGGAUGUGACCGAUUAUUGUCCCAAAGGACUACUUUACAGAAGGCACUUUCAGAAAAGAAAACUUUGAAGUCAUAUGUGAGCUGACAUGAUUACAGAGAAUCAAUAGGGAAAUAUUAAG